AAAAAACACAUGACAAUCACUAUAAUUCUGCUUUCUAUUUCAUAUCUGUAAUUCUGGGCUUUGUUGAUAUUUUUGAGAGCUCCAAUCCACUCUUUUCCUGUUGCUUCUACUUCACAAGAUUGAAUGUGAUAUCUGCUAAGACGAUCCUUGAAAAUCAGGUAAAAUAAUGGUUCAGACAUUGGAAGCGGUCAAGGGUGGUGGAGGCUCUAUUAAAGUUGGAAUGACUGGUACAAUCGGUGCUUUGAUGUCAAGAGAAUUAGAUUCUAAGAAAGUUUCUUCUCAGACACCAGCUUCAUGUAGAAGUAAGUCUACAACAGUUUGUUCAUUCAUUGCUGGCAAUGCUUCCAGUCCCAAAAGAACAAAUCCGAAAACAUCAGGUGACGAAGCAAGUAGCAGUGGGAUGUCUGAGAGCAAUAAGAAAAUCAGUGAAGUUGUUAGGAAAACAAAACACUACAGUAGAAAAACUCAACAUAUUCCAAUACUAGAAUCAGAGAACAUUUCCGUAGAUGGAACGCCUAUUAGGCAGAAACCUGAUAGAAAGGGACAUCACAUUGUGGAAAUUGUGGACAUAAAUUGUGGAAAUGCUGACAGAACUUGGGCUGGCCCUAUAAAGAAUCGCCUGAAGAAGCUCGGUUUCUCAAAGUUAUCCGAAAGCCCUGUCUAAUGAGCCUGAACCUGUAAAUUGGUUCAUUACAUACUGGUAAAUCAGCUUAUUGCACUCUCUUCUCUUUUUCGGAUUGUGGCUGAUGAUCCAUGGUCUGGUUACGCUAACAGAAGUCAUAUCUGCAAGUUCGUGAGACUUGUUAGACCUGUUAUGACAGAUUCAUGCUAUGUUCGCGCAAGAGGAGCGCGUCUAUCUCAACAAAAGAGUUUUUUGAUGCCACCUUCUUAAAAACUGUUAAGUCUAAAGCUAUAAGCUUUGUACUUGGAUCAUUGUGUGGUAAGAGCCAAGGUGGUUCAAUAGUAAAGCCACUGAAGCAAUGACUUUGGGGCAUCAAAAUUACACAACAAAAUUAUU